GUCUAGGAGUGAAUUUUCUGUCUGAUGUUAUUGGUUUGAAGAAAUUUGAAACAUAUUGUUUGACGUGCGGAUUUUUAAUUGUGAAAUUUCGGAAACUAUACAAUAAUAAAAUUAAUUUGUGUUUUCCUGUGAUCAACAACAUAGUCAUCAUGUUUAAAAAAUUCGACGAAAAGGAGAGCAUCUCUGGUGUGCAGCAGCUCAAAUCAUCAGUACAGAAGGGUAUUCGCUCCAGACUGUUGGAGCUCUAUCCACAUCUUGAGAAUUACAUCGACCAGGUUCUGCCUAAGAAGGACACAUUCAGAAUUGUCAAAUGCCAUGAUCACAUAGAAAUAAUGGUGAACAGCGCUGGAGAAUUACUGUUCUUCAGACAUCGAGAAGGUCCUUGGAUGCCCACACUCAGGCUACUACAUAAAUAUCCGUUCUUCCUGCCCAUGCAGCAAGUGGACAAAGGCGCGAUCCGCUUCGUGCUGAGCGGCGCGAACAUAAUGUGCCCCGGGCUGACGUCGCCCGGCGCGCGCAUGAGCCCGCUGGCCAAGGGCAGCGUGGUCGCCGUCAUGGCGGAGGGCAAGGAGCACGCGCUGGCCAUCGGCAUCACCUCGCUGUCCACUGACGACAUAGCUAAAGUAAACAAAGGAGUUGGGAUAGAGAAUUGUCAUUACCUCAAUGAUGGACUCUGGCAAAUGAAACCCGUGAAGUAAAACGAUUGGAGAUCUUGUAUAAAUUAUAAAUUAUUUUAAGUUUCUUUUAAAUAAUAAAAUUAAAUUGUGCACAAAUA